AUGCCUCGUCUUCACUCCCGAACUGCAUGCAAGCCUGGCUGGGAGCCCGUGGCGUACAAGUAUCAUCGCGGCAUCCUGUGUGAUAGCGAGCUUGCCCACUUGAAUCGGCGCGUGCAUGGCCAAGUUUCGGCCCACGGCGCGUUCAACCACGCAGGCUGCGGUAAGGCAGACGAAGCUGGGGAUGAGGACGAGAACCAGGAGCAGAAUGCUGCCGCGCAGUCAUCCAAGUCACCACCAAAUGAGGUGGAGCACAUGCUGCUCUAA